AUGUCAAAAGCCGAGUCCUCCAAAGCCGCCGCCAGCAAUGGCGUCAAACCCAACCCCAAUGCGGCCGGCGGUGCAAACUACGAGCUGCCAUGGGUAGAGAAAUACCGUCCCGUCUACCUCGAUGAUGUCGUUGGCAAUACCGAAACCAUUGAGCGCCUCAAGAUCAUUGCCAAAGAUGGCAACAUGCCCCAUAUGAUCAUCUCCGGUAUGCCUGGUAUCGGCAAAACCACAUCCAUCCUCUGUCUCGCACGCCAACUCCUCGGUGAUGCCUACAAGGAGGCUGUCCUCGAACUCAACGCCUCGGACGAACGUGGUAUAGACGUUGUACGCAACAGGAUAAAGGGCUUUGCGCAGAAGAAAGUCACACUUCCUCCGGGCAGGCAGAAGCUAGUCAUCCUCGACGAAGCGGACAGCAUGACCAGUGGUGCACAACAGGCUCUGAGGAGGACAAUGGAGAUAUACAGUGCAACAACUCGAUUUGCAUUCGCUUGCAACCAGUCGAACAAGAUCAUCGAGCCGCUACAAUCGAGGUGCGCCAUCCUCCGAUACGCCCGCCUUACCGAUGCGCAAGUCGUGCGCCGCGUCAUGCAGAUCUGCGAAGCCGAGGACGUGAAGUACUCAGAUGACGGAAUCGCGGCACUAGUCUUCUCGGCGGAGGGAGAUAUGCGACAAGCCAUCAACAACCUACAGUCGACAUUUGCCGGUUUCGGUUUCGUCAAUGGCGAUAAUGUGUUUAGGGUGGUCGACAGCCCGCAUCCCAUCAAGGUGCAGGCCAUGAUCAAGGCGUGCCAUGAGCAGCGUAUCGACGAUGCUCUGACAUCACUGAAAGAGCUGUGGGAUCUGGGAUACUCGUGUCACGACAUCAUUAGCACAAUGUUCAAAGUUACAAAGACGAUUGACACGCUGAGUGAGCACGCAAAGCUGGAAUUCAUCAAGGCACAGGAACUCACAUUGAUGACUUACUACAGUCAGGAUCUACAACUCAUUAUCCAUCCCACGACCAUGUCUGAAAUGCAAGAAAACCCCACUCCUGCUGACCAAUCCUCACCGGCUGUCGCAUCGACCAUGUCUGAUGUGAAGGAAACCCCAACCGCUCCUGACCAAUCCUCAUCAGCUAUCCCCUCGGUCACGUUUGAUGUGAUAAGAACCAUUCCUGACCUCGACAAAUUUCCACUCUCGAUCGCUUAUACCCCCAAAGAGACGAGGCGACCUCCUCCCAUCGACACCUCACGUAACUCGACCAUCGACAUCGCAAAGAUCACCCCACCAGGUCAAACCGACAAGUUCCCGAAGGAAGCUCUAGGUACCUAUACACCGAAAAACGCACCCGUGACAGACGCCAUGAUCGAGCGCACAUACCAAAGCAUUCUACGAGGGGACUUCGGCAUCGAUCUCAACACGUUCAAGCCCGACGAGAACGACCCGGAUUACGAUGUACGAAGGCACUUGUCGUUGGUGCAGCUGGCGCUGUUGGCGACGAUGCAGGACGACCACCAGGACAGGAUCAUCGAGGCCAUCCGCGAUGAUGCUGAUGGUAGCAUUUUCUGGAAGGGUCCUGGUAGUGAGGAUGCUGGGAUUGGAUGGCGGAAAGAUGAUGAGGAGUUCAAGGCUGAGAUCUGUAGGCAGCGUUGA